GGCGACGGUUGAAAACAACACCAACCGCCCUUUCCCGGUGCAUGCUGGGAGCCUGGCUGGCGAUUGGCUGGCGCGCCGCGGUGCCUCCUGGGGGUUGAAGUUCUCCUGUCAGGGGACCUGACAGCGGCUCCAUGGACAGCCGGGAAGGUAGCCUGUUGUGAGGGGGUUUGUUGGGGUGUGGGGGACGGAGCCCCGCACCGCUGAAGUAACCGCCGCCGCCUCUUCCUCCUCCUCACACUCCCCCUUUGUUGUGUCUUUUCCUGUCACAGAGCCCGGAGCCGCCUCCGCUGCCGCCGGGGAGGACGAGGAAGAGGCCGAGGCCGAGAAGGGCCCUGCCUCGUCGGUGAGAAGCUGGCAAAGGAAAAGGGAAUUGGGUGGGAGGUGGGGGUCCCCUUCUCGUAUCUCCCAUGGGGGGUGUUUUUUGGGGGGGAAAGGUCUGGUCUGACCCCUCCCCCCGGGCCUGCCAGGCAGAGGUUCAACAGGCAGUUGCUGGACAAACAAUAUGAACUGGAAUACAAAAGAGGGAGGUAUGAGGAGGUCCAGAAAAUAAGUAAAUUUAAAGAUGGAGAUGAAAAGGUGAUAUUGUUUUUAAUUGCUCUAUUUUCCUUUUUUGUUUUGUGGUGUGUUUUUUUUUGUUCCUUUAUAAUUUUUUUUCUGUUAGAUUAUGUAUUGUGUAUUUUCGAAUUGUGUAUUUCUUUUUUAUGUUUUAUGUUUAAUCUUUUAUUGAAACUCUAAUAAAUAUCAUUUAAAAAACAAAACAGGCAAAGCCUCUGCCCCUCCCCUCCCUUCCUCCUGCCUUGACCAAAGUCUGUUUUUGGCCCUUCUCUUUCUGCGCUUUCGAGAUGAUCCAAAGAACCACGCGUUUCUCAGGAGGCAGUCGAAGGCAGCCCCAUAUCAGGAAGCUUUUAGAUGUUUGACGUUUGGUUACGCCCAGAGCACAGCUGUCAACUUUUCCCUUUUCUUGCGAGGAAUCCUAUUCAGAAUAAGAUGUAUCCUUAUGAGGCUUUGCCCUCGGGUGGGAAAAAGUAUUGCACCCGGGAAAGGGAAAUGCGAGUCAACAGACACUCAAGGAAUAGUUUUAGAGAAAAAGCUUUAUUUAUUUUUUUUAAUGAUAUUUAUUAAAGUUACAAAAAAUAGAAGAAAUACAAAAUACAGAAAAAAGAGUAAAUUUUUUUAAAAUAUAACAAAUAAAUAAAGAAUAAAAGGAAACAUACAAAAUAAAACAGUUAAAAAAACAUUAAUUUUCCAAACCUAUCUUCUCUAGACUUAUUUCCCCGGACCUCCUCAUACCUCCCUUUUUUGUAUUCCAGUUCAGUUUGUUAGUUCAGCAAAUCCUUACCAUUAAACUUUUGCCCAAUUGUAAACCUUUUUUUUCAUAUCUCUUAAAGCAUUACAGCUAAAAAACCUCUUAGUUUCUAUCCAACAUCCUUCUAAGAUUCAUUAAUUUUACAAUAUUUCUGUAAAUAAUCUUUAAAUUUCUUCCAAUCUUCUUUCACCGACUCUUCUCCCUGAGAAAAAGCUUUAUUUCUACCAUCCAUGAACUGGUAGAAGGAGCAAGUGUGAUAGAUUCACAAAACAAGCACGAGUUCACAGCCAUUUGCACAGAGUAUAGAUUCCCCUUCCAGUUCCCUCCCCUUUCUCCUCCUCCUCUAGAAUCCUGCCUCAUGAGUUCCCCUGAGCAUGAACAGAAAGCUCCUGUUUUGGGACUCUUGUGGACUCUUGGCACCCUUCCCAGGAAAGGGGGGUGAGAAGCCUUGCGGUUCAGCAUGUCCAAGAUGUUGCAACUGAAUGAGAUAAAAGUCAGUUCUCAGGCUUGCUUUGAACAGAGCCUAUUCAUUAGCUUUUUGAAGCCUUCUCGUGCUGAUAAAAGUAACAAUUUGCCUUUGCCACAGCAUCUUGUGAGAAAGCAGAGGAAAACUUUAGCUGUGGAUUUUUAGAAGACAGAAAAGGAAUUUUGGACAGUUUUGAGGCCUAGGUGACUUCAGGCCUAGGUGGGGCACCUGUCCUCACCUCCUUCACUAUGGCCCAGACUGGCUAGGGAAACCCAGCCAGAUGGGUGUGGGGGGUAUAAAUAAUAAAAUUAUUAUUAUUAUUAUCACUCAUACAGUAGAAUCGUAGAGUUGGAAGGGUCAUCUUCUGACAUGAUUGAGGGUCAAAGAGCCAGAGACUAACGUGGAGGAUAAAAUCAUGAUUUGGAAUUAUGAAAACAUAAGACAUAGGACUAUGAUGUGGAAAACGCUUUGGAAUUCAGACCGUAGGAAGUAAAAAAAAAUUAAGAUUACUAUUUGGAAGACAAUUGGACUUUUUUAUUAUUUUUAUUGGAUUUGAUUUGAUAUGUUAAUUGGAUGUUCUUAUUGGAAAAUUAAUAAACACUUUUUUUUAAAAAAAGGAAGGGUCGUCUAGGGUCGUGCAAGGGAGGCCUUUUCCCACAGCUGGGCCAAUGGUGAGCUGGUGAGCACCUGCCGGUUGACGGGACCGGCCACUCUGGGCGGCUCCCAACAGAAUACUAAAAACACGAUAAAACAUCGAACAUUAAAAACUUCCCUAAACAAACUUCCCUAAGAAAGAACUUGGUUUGAUCCAGCACAACAUUUUCUGCAUUAUUUGAUUCACAUUUUAAGAAUUAUGUAGCGCAGAUGGGUUAUGCCUCGACUGUUAGAGAUCCCAAGAAGGAACAACUGGUUUGUAAAUUUAAUAUAUGACAUUGUAGAGGAAGGAAUCAGAGAAUCCUAAGAAUUGGAAGGUAUCAUCAAAGGUUCUCUAGUCCAGCCCUCUGCAAUGCAGGAAUCUCAGCUAAAGCAUCCAUGGCAGAUGGCCACCCAACCUCUGCCUAAAAACCUCCAAGGUAGGAGAAUCCACAUCCUCCCCAAGGGAGACCGUUCCAAGCCCUCUCUUCAGCGCUCAGUCGGAGCAAACGUCAUUUGGGGUUUCCAGCAGGUCACUGUUUGCUCUGAUUCAGCUUUAAAGAGUGGGUAUUCACGGGGAACGCUCCUGAGCGAAAAAGAAAAACGAAAGCACUUGGACUCAGAGAUUUAAAGCACAGAGAGGAUCAUGCCUGGAAAGACUGGAGGAAAGGCAGGUGUGGAUAAGUCCUCAUAAUUUCACCUUUCGGAAUUUUAAUUACUGUUAGGUGGCUGUGGCCACUGUGUUCUCUAUGUAGAUCCAUGGUGAAGAGAUUUCAUAUGUCAGAAAGAAGUGAGCAAGUGAACUGUUAAUUGCCAUGGAGGAGCAAUAAGUAGUGAGGUUCAGUUAUUCAAUGGUAGGUUAAGGUUAAACAGUAAAACAAACUUCACAGUAGCUUAGAAACAACCUUUUCCAACUUCAUUCACCUUUCCUUCCUAUUUUUUUUGUACAGGAUUCAGAUUCUGACAACGAAGCCGGAGCUUCUGGUGAAACUGAAAGUAGGUGUCCCAUUUGAGGGGCUCCUAUGUAUGGGUUUGGGCCUGUGCGGGUGGAAGUUUACAUCAGUGAUGCAGUUGACCACAACGUAUACAAAAUAAAGGCCACAGAUACCUGCAUAAAUCUGAAAAUGUACUGUCAUUAUGUCACCUUGACUUGUAUAACUUUCUGGCUAAGGAUGCUAGUCUAACCCUACUUAUCUGGGAGUAAGCCUCAUUGACUUCAGUAGCACUUACAUCUGAGUAGACCUGGCUAGGGUUGUGCUGUAAUAUCUAUUUUCACUUAAGUACAUGAGUUUUUCCUUCAGAGCAGCCUGUGGUUCAUUCUUUUGACUAUAGUUGCAGACUGGAAGCAAUGUAUUUUUAGGCACUUGGAAUUUCAGCCGUCAGGUUAGCAGUGCACGUUCCUUCCCAUAUCUGAUAACUCAUGAGUUAAAUCAGCUACCAAGGAGACCCUUUCAAGUUCCUAAAAACCCUUCUGUAUUUAAAGCUUUUUUUCAGAAAGGUGUGGAGCUGACCCUAUGAUUAAGCAAUCCUUGGGCAACCUUGGGCAGCAAAUUGGUCAAUUUUGUUUACUAUUUUUACUACUUUUAAAAUUUUGUCUCUGUUGCCAAAAUGUUUUUGUCAGUCUCUGGGUGGAGAAGCUGCAGUCUCACACCCAUUAUUGAUCUUUUGUGUUGAAAAAUGAAGCUGUUAUUGGGAAGAACCAGUUUCUAACACAGGUCUUUCCCCUUGCCCCUCAGAUUCCUACUACCGGUAUCUCUUUCCGUUGUAAUGAAAGGUUUAGUUUUGACUGGAGAUCAUUAGCAGUGCAUAAUAGCAGGCUUUUGAGCAACACAAACUUUUCUGCAGGCAAGAUCUCAUAAUAUAGUCCAGAGGUUCUGGACAUUUGAGAUUCAUUGUGUCUAACUUUAUGGAGCUCUCUCUCUCUUGCCAGUGGAUUUUCUACGAAACCUCUUGUCCCGAACACUGGGCUUAGGCAGUGAGAAGCCUGAGAAGGUGCUGGAUGAGCUGACGCUGGAUGGUGUGAGCAGGUUCAUGCUGUCUGAAAAAUGUAAGCCAGCACUCCGUUUUCAGGUGGGCUUGGACCUGGGUGGAAUUCUGGCAGCCUCUUGGUUUAACGCCCUUUGCCAAGCCACCAAAAAACACUGACAUGAAGCAGUGCUAAGAUAAAGCUGAAACAGACCUCUUACUUUUAGAAAAUUCAUCUGGGCCAAAGCUCAGCCUUUUUUUAUUUCUAGAGAUACUAAUAAUUUUUAUAUAUUUAUUUAUACCCCAUCCUUUCCCUGACUCAAGGUGGCUUACAGAUAAAAUCACAGAAUUGUACAGUUGGAAAAGACCUGAAGGGUCAUUUAAUCCAACCCCCUGCAAUGCAGGAAUCUCAGCUAAAGUAUCCACAACUGGUGUAAACCAGUUGAAACAAAUAAAGACCAAAAGUAGGAGCCCACAGUAUUGCUACAGGGCUGGGGAUAGGUGUGAGACUGUUAUCAUCUAAACAAUGGAGAUUUAAAAAGUGCUUCCUUCUUUUUUUGUUGUAGGCAAGAAGGUAGUAUGUAUGGUGGGAGCAGGAAUCUCAACUGGUGAGUUUCACAAGGGCUAUUAUUUUUGGUUGUGUCAAAAGGAAGGAAUAGAGCAGGCUGCAUUUCUGGCCAGCAUGUAAUGUGUGUAUGUGUCAGAGGCCUCUCUAGUCACAACAGUGAUAUAUAAUCCCACCUAUGGAGGGGCGCUGACACUUCUUAAAUAGAAAUGUUCAUCUGUCUUUCCAGAGAUGAGGGUCAGCGUAGAAUGAGUUGCCUUCUGCUGAGUCUGUUGGUUCACUAGCAGCCUAGUACCAGCUAUCCAAGGUCUUUUCCUGUCCUGCCACCAAAGAUUUGUUUUAUAAACUAAGAGAUGUGAUUGGACCUGAAAGAUUCUUCAUGCAUAUCAUGCGUUCUGCCACUGAGCCAUGACUCCUCCCAGGAUAAAGUAGCUAAAGGCUGCACACCUAGCAUGUGUAUGUUUUAAAACUCUGUAGUAUUUAGGGUGGCCAAAGAUAUUUGUCUGAUGUCAAGGAAUCAUUACCCAGUAUUGAUAACCAAGUCUAUUAAAUUGGAUCAGCACUUGAUACAGAUAUCCUUCGCCUAAAAUAUUGUUUGUGACCAGUCUGGCCUCUUUUUAAGCUGCCUGCUUAAAAAGCCUUCCAGGCAGGUUCCUGAUCUUCACUGCCAAUGUGCACCUACCAGGGAAGAAUCAGGUGUAUUCAAGGGCAAUGCUGAAACCCAACAGGUCUGUUGAUUGUCCCCUGUGAGAUGUGCACACAUUGAAACCUGUCAGAACCCUCUGUAUCACAAGGAGUUUUCUUGACAGACAAGUCAAUGUAGAAAGUGUUCUUCAUGGUGAUUUUUUCAAAAUAACUGGCUUAGGUCAUACUCUAAGUUUAAGCUGGACUGAUCCAGCAGGGCUCUUCUUGUGUUCUCUGUUUGAAUCGUAGAAUCAAAGGGUUGGAAGGGACCCUGAGGGCCAGCCCCCUGCAGUGCAAAAAAUCUUCUGCCCAAUUUGAGGCUCAAACUCGCAGCCCCAAAAUUAAGAGUCUCAUGCUCUAACAACUGAACUAUCCAUAGUUUCUUCUUCCGUUCUUCUGUUGUACUGGGGUUGAAACCAAUAAAGCACCAAACAUACUUCCCAGCUUAAAUAACGCUGGUGUCAAUACAUGCGCACAUCGGAUGAAUCUUAACCAGGGUCCGGGGGGUAGGGCAAGUCUCUGGUAGGAUUUUCCAACUACUGAAUUUCUUAACAAAGUGACAUUGUACCUCUCAGCUGCAGGGAUACCUGAUUUCCGCUCACCAGGCACGGGGCUCUAUGCCAACUUGCAGCAGUACAACCUGCCGUACCCUGAAGCCAUCUUUGAGAUCAGCUAUUUCAAGGUACCACACUUAGCCAUCUGCCUGCAAGCUGGCAUCAGCUGAAAACACCAUGUUUGAUUGUUUUCUCUUUGUGCGACUGAUUGUAUUUCUCUGCCUUGAUUUAGCAACACCCAGAGCCAUUCUUUGCCUUGGCCCGAGAACUGUACCCGGGGCAAUUCAAGGUAAGCUUUCUUUUGCAUUGUCCCUAAUUUAGAGUUAAAACAUGGCUCAGGGAGAGGGGAUUGGAUAUCAUAUGUUUUGGGAGGGUUUGGGGUUAGGGAGGUCAGGACUCCCAGGUUCUGUCCCCAGAUUUCAGCCAGGACUGUAACUUCUAACUUGUUUGUGGAUUUUCUUGAUGUUUUAAAGUCUCUUGGGAUGUUUGAGACAUUUUGAUUUUUUCCAGCAGUUCACUUUUAACUUUUGAGGGAAGCGUUCACUUCUUUUGGACUUGGUGCCAUGGAUUUAAAGAAGGGAAAGCUAUAUGUCUCCUCCUCGUUUUCAGCACAGCAUAUGUAGGAGGCAGCUUUGUGUCAAAGCCAUGUAUACCUGUUUGCAGCUCUGGUUUGUGGAGCAAGAUGGGAGCUGGAUUUCUCCAGGGUUUUCUUCCCAGUUUAAAUGAGUUGAGGGGAUGUGGAUCUUGAAUCCGGAAGAGGGCUCCUGUUGGUGGGAAGAGCACAGGGGAAGUGAAAAAUGUUGCCCCAUUUGCUUUCUCUAAUAAUAAUAAUAAAUAAAUUUUAUUUAUACCCCACCCUCCCCAGCCAAGACCGGGCUCAGGGCGACUAACACCAGGUAUAAAACAAUUGAUUAAAAUACAACUUAAAAACAAGACUAAAAUAAACAUUAAAAUGCAGCCUCAUUUCAGUAGAAACUCAAAUCAAAAACUUUUUGGGGAUGAAAACGUCAAAUCUUCACCAAGGCCAACUAUCCAGACUGGUCCUACGUGGGCCAGAAAAAAGCCAGGGAAGUCCCCAAAUAGGAGUUCCAUCACAGAAGGAGAAAGGAAAAAGGAAAGAGGGGGAGGGGAUCAAGUUGAUUCCAAGCCAAAGGCCAGGUGGAACAACUCUGUCUUACAGGCCCUGCGGAAAGAAAUCAGAUCCUGCAGGGCCCUGGUCUCAUGAGGCAGAGCGUUCCACUAGGCCGGAGCCAGUGUUGAAAAGGCCCUGGUUCUGGUUGAGGCUAAUAAAAUAAUAAAAUGCUAAUUGCAUGCAAAUAGGCAGCAACAGGAAAGAGCAGGAGCAGCAGGAUCGGGAAGCUCCAGAGAGUAGCAGUUUGGCCCUGGCAGGAGUGCCUAGCGAUGCCUGCCCUGUUGCCAGCCCUGUUCCUUGAGUUCCAGUAAACCACCGCCUACCACAUCUGUUUCCAAGAAUAGUGGCUUAGCCUGGGGCUCUGCUCUUUUUCAGCCCACGGUCUGCCACUACUUCAUGCGACUCCUGAAGGAGAAAGGGAUGCUGUUGCGCUGCUACACACAGGUGGGUAAAACCAACCUUCUCGUGGAUCACAAAAGAGGGCAAGUGAAUCUUUCAGCCUAGAGGACUUAGGCUUUUUUAUUUUAAAAUGUUGGAAACAUCUGGUGAGCCUGGUGGUAUUGCUCUGCAGGCCAACCCUGCUUCCAGAAGUCACUCUAGAUGGAUAAGAGGGAAGAUUGGAGGUUAGUAUCCCAGAACUCAGUGGAAGCAGAGCCGACCAUCAGCCCUUUAGCCAUUCCUGGUUCUUUCUUCAUUGCAUGGCAUACAAAUAGUAAAAAUGCUUCAGCAGGAAGGAUAUGCAGCCCCAAUGCCAGAACCACUUGUCUCAGUCAGUAGUUUGACCUCUGUUCCCUUUGCCCUGUUACAGAGCAGGAGCCUUUGACACAUCAGAAGCAUCUCUUAGAAUUGUGCUCCUUGUUGCUUGCUGCCCCUAGUCAGCUUUAGCUCUUAUGUGGGCAGCCAUUUGGGCUUAGAGAAUUUCUCCCGCUCACUUGUCCUGGACACUUUCUCUGUCCUUCUCAGAACAUAGACACCUUGGAGCGGGUGGCUGGCCUGGAUCAAGAUGACCUCGUGGAAGCUCACGGCACCUUCUUCACUUCCCACUGCAUCCAUUCCGGCUGCAAAAAGGCAUACACCCUGGAGUGGAUGAAAGGUGAUGCUCCAUAGUGUGUGUGUGUGUGUGUGUGUGUGUUGCAGGGGGUGGGGGGGAGGGCAAUCAUGGGAUCCUAGAGGGAGGACUGAAGGGGUAUACAAUAGAAAUAAAACUUCCUUUGGGGAAAUCCUGUGGAAUCUCUUGGACGUGGCUUUGAUACCUUUUGGUAGAGAGGAAGUAAUGUGUGAUAGGUUGCCACUUCUUGGUGGUGAGAUAACCGUGGUUUCCAUACUGUGUGAAUGCUGCUGCUGAAGGGGGCACUGCUGCCUGUGAUUUCAGCGUGCCAAUUCGGUCACCCAAGGUAUAAAAGAGUAGCUGCUUGUUUGCCCAGUAUGGAGGCAAGUGUGGGUGUGUCAGAAAAUGGGCUUACUGCCCGUGGGCUGCUUUCAGUUACAUUUUCUAGCAUUCCAGACCUCUUGUCUGUUUCCUUUCAGAAAAGAUCUUCUCGUCUCUCAUUCCAAAGUGUGAGAAAUGUCAAAGUGUUGUGAAGCCAGGUGAGCUUAUCUUCUGAAAUGUCACCUCCCCCCAACCCAUCUCAAAAUCCUUUGUCGUAGAUUUGAUUCAAACACAAGGGCAGAGGGGUUAGAAAUUUGCUGCAGCUGUUUUUUGUUUCUAAUGAAAACUGAGAUUAUCAAGGAGUUGCAGUCUAUUCUCUCACAGAAUCUCUCCACUCAUGCAGUACUGACUUUCCCCCCUUCUCUACUCAGAUAUCGUGUUCUUUGGGGAGAACCUGCCCUCUCGUUUCUUCUCUCUGAUGCAGUCAGUAAGUGUCCUGGUUGCUUUUCCCUCAGAGUCAGGAUUCUUGUAGCCCCAUAUUCACAGGUCUGCAAAGCCCCAUGACCUCUGGAUCCUUAAGUUAACUGCUGAAAUUUGCACAAAUGCACUAGAUAUUGAAUCGGUGGUAAAUUUUGUGGCUUUUUUAAAUGUAUUUUGAUUGGGUUAUGUCAGUUUACUAUAUUGUAAGCCUCCCAGGGUUUAUGUAAAGAGGGAACAUGGAUUUUUAAAAAAGAAGUGUUGACCAGAAAUGGGAGCACAGCUCACCUUGUGAAUGUGCAGAGCAGCUUCAGAACUGCGCCCCUCCAUAAUUCGCAUGGGGGAGGCCUGCAGCAGAGAGCUGCUCAGUCACUUUGGAGUGAGAGGAGAGUCAGUGAUCUCAGUGGUUGGAGUCCCCUUAGUGACUACCCCAGGAAGCAUUGUCCUUGCUCUCAGCUGGAUCUCAGUGAUGCUGUCACAGAGCCAAAUCUGUAGGCUGUGUAAUGCUCUGACAGGCCUACUAUAUCAUUCUAGAUGGCUGGGAUUAGUAAAAGAUUUAUCAAGGGGUAGGGAAAAUGGAAACAGCAGAUUGGGCUAUAAAUAGGUACAAAAGAGAAGUCUUUGUCGAGGGGGUUAAGAAAAACCCUGCACCAAAGAUGCUCGUGAGGAAUUAAUGCAUUCAGAGCAGCCCUGUAAAUAGGGUAUAAUCAACUCUUACAUUGUUCACUGUGGGCUUGUUAGCUCAGCACACUUCACUUUGUGGCCAGAAAUCCCUCUGUGUGCAGCACGCCAGCAUUUAAUGCUCAUGCAUUCCAGGAGUCUGUGGUUUUCUUCUCUGCUGAAGGGCUGCAAUUGCUUACACCCUCAUGGGCUUUGAACCACAGAAUUCUCCCGUGAACUGUAAUGAAUGUAACUAUGUUCGAAUCAUGUGCCUUGUCUAGCCCAGCAAGUAGAUGAUAACUGGGUUCAGGGCAAUGCACCCAAAGGGUGCAAAUAGCCUCCUUGUGGUUUUGGAGAGGAGAGGGGAGGUACUGAAACACGGCUAGAGAGCUUGCGGCGGUAUUUCUGUGGUGCUCACAAUCCUUCACAGCAGCCCCCCCCUCUCCUUCCCUCCUGCUUGCAGGAUUUCCGUAACGUGGACUUGCUUAUUAUCAUGGGCACCUCCCUGCAGGUCCAGCCCUUUGCCUCUCUCGUCAGCAGGUAGGUGAACUUCUGCCAUGUAGGCAGUGUGGCUGAGGGGUGACUGUUGCUUGUUAAAGCAACACUACCAUAGCCAUUUUUUCCUUUCUCCUUUCAAGGGUACCAACAAACACACCGCGGCUCCUGAUCAAUAAGGAGAAGACUGGAGAGGUAAGAUCAGGUGUGGUACAGACUAUGGCCCUCUGCGAUGUGGUAUUCUGGGUUGAAAAGCUUCUCAGGUACCGGAAGUAAUUGCUUUUGUUACUGUAAUUGCAGCAGGGAGAACAUUUUCCUGACACCAACUUCUACUCUGCUCUCAUUAGGAAUGGUGGGACACGCAAGCAAGGUUUAGAGGCUGUGGUUUUAAUGACAUCAACUCUCUGUGCAAAUCCAGUUUCCAGUAAUGGUUAUUUUCAUAGUUGAGUGCUAAUGGGGACCUUGUUUACAGUUGCACAAAAACUUGACCAAGAUAUCAACAACAACUUAGUCUCUUGAGCAAGUGAUAUAUAGGGGCAGAAUUGGAGCCUUCCAUGAAGACAGUUAACUUUAAGACUUAAUCAGUGUGAUGAUACUGAUAAGGACAGUGAAGAAUCCAUGAAACAAUCAUUCCCUCUCCCUCCCAGUGAUAGGUACCAUCUUGGAGCCAUUGAGAGACUCUUUUUAUGCUUUCUGUCUCUUUGCAGAGUGAUCCUUUCAUGUCCCUGAUGGGCUACGGCUGUGGAAUGGACUUUGAUUCAGAGAAGGCAUACAGGCACGUGACCUUUGGGACUGGGCUGGGAACAGAAGCUGAGCCAGUGAUGCUACCACUGGAUGGUGGGGGCCCGGGGUGUUGCUCAGAACAGAGCAGUUAGUAAAGUGGAGGCUCUUUGGCAAGAGGACAUGGUGUCUGGGUUGUACCUCUCUUGAAUCUGCACUGUUAACGCUUUGUGAGUGAGUACAGUAGCCUAGAAGCACAGAUGGUGACCACUCUCUCUUUGACUCAUUCCCAGUGAGAGCCAAUGUGGUGUAGUGGUUAAGAGCGGUAGACUCGUAAUCUGGCGAACCGGGUUCGCUUCCCCGCUCCUUCACAUGCAGCUGCUGGGUGACCUUGGGCUAGUCAAACUUCUUUGAAAUCUCUCAGCCCCACUCACCUCACAGAGUGUUUGUUGUGGGGGAGGAAGGGAAAGGAGAAUGUUAGCUGCUUUGAGACUCCUUCGGGUAGUGAUAAAGUGGGAUAUCAAAUCCAAACUCCUCCUCUUCUUCUUCUUCCCUUCCAUCUGUAAUUUUGGGAUGAUAACACUGACCUUGCAAGGAACCCCGAAAGAAUGUACGUGAAUUGUUUUGAGUGUUUAGAGAGCACUGUAUGUUGUUCACUAAAGCAUAAUUCUUUUGUGGGGGGCCUUCCAUCUUCUCUUGUAGGGAUGUUGCCUGGCUUGGAGACUGUGACGAGGGCUGCCUGGCUUUGGCUGAGCUGCUAGGAUGGAAGGUACCUAUCCUGUUAAGGGACCACUGGGGUGCAGCCCAGAUCAAACAUAAACAGGUUGCAUUUGGGUUUUGUCUCAUCUCCUAUCUAGACUUGCCAUCCUUACAGCAGCUCCCUUCUACCUUGUCUCUCAGUGUGAUUCCUAGCUUGAUUUCUUUUCUUUCAGACGGAGCUGGAGGAACUGGUGAAGAAGGAGCACGCUGCCAUAGAUGCCAAGUCAGGCGGGGCGAGUGCCUCCCACCCUCUAACCAAGGAGCAGAAGGAAAAGCCAUCCCCAAUGAAGGAAAAGCCUCCUGACAGCAAAGAGUGAAGAGGUUUGACAGGACAGGAGGGACGUUUGCUGUGGAGGAAUUAAAAAUCAACGUGACCACAGGCUGAGUGAUCCUUGUGGCUUGUUGACUUGCCUGACUUGACUUCUGUAAGCCCAGGAUCAACAGAAAUAUUCUUCUUGGGAGAUAAUGAAGUGGGGAAUCCAAGCUGGGUUGUGGAAUGGAAGUGAGGAGAUGCCCAGGUAGCAACGCACAAAGUCUUUCUGCUGACUUUGGGGGUGUUUGAUUGAAGCCCUAAAUUGCUGGAAUCAUGAGCGAGAAGGUGGAUUCUUGAAUUAGCAAUAUUAAUAUUUCUUUGGGGUUGAGUUCCAUUCAUUUAUGCUUCUGUUUCAUUUCUUAACUUCCAACUAACCUGUGCUAUGUCUGAAGGCCGAUGGAGGGAGUGAUGAACAAAACCAGCCUUGGUCUUAACUAUGCCCUCUCGCUCUUUUUCCUGGAGAACAGAUUCUUUCUUUGGCACCAGCGUGGCCAAGAAAGGCAGGUGGGGAGAGUGGUUGUCCCGAGGGGGUUAUCUGAUAACCCUCUUGACCUUUGGAAGGUUGCAAUUUUGCAAGAGUACUUUUAAGCUUUUGCCUUGAUUGUUUUGCAUUAAGCUAUUAUAAGUGGCAAUUAAAUUCAAGCACCUUGAUCGAAGGACAGGAUAUUGUGUCUCUUUGCUCUGCUCCUUCAAGCACUUCCUCCCAUGCAGGGCCUUUUCUGGUUGGGCUGUUGGAUUGUAAGUGUCUUUGGUUGCUUUUUAUUAUAUAACCUUUCCAAAAGAAAAUCGGAGUAGGUCUCAGCAGAUUAAAAAGCAAAUAUUAAAUUGCCCAUUUAAAAUUGGAUUAAAAUAAGAUAAUGUCUGGGUGAUGUUAAAAAUACCAGCCUAGCCCUUUACAGGACCCCAGAAGCCAGCCCAUAAUUUCCAAAAGAUGCUUGAGUUUCCAGUACUCCUUAUGAAGAAAAUUCCCUUUUCCUACUGGACAGCCUUGGCACAGAUACGCACAAAUGUGCGUAUUGGCAUAGACCCCAUUAUCGCUGUUUAUUUGUACGCCACCUUUCCAUAGCAGACCAUACUCCAGGCGACUCACCACACCAGAAGGUUUACAUAAUUUGCUUAGUUAUGGGACAUAACAAAAUUUAGGUAGUCACAAACAAUAAGCUAAUGAAAACAUCUUGUGUUAGUAAAUAUACAGUAGUAUUACAGUGGCAAUUCUUAAUAAGGUCCAGCAAUAAAAAUUCAAGAACAUAAGCCAGAUAACGGCAAAAAUGAUUCAUCUCAAAAACAAAACCUUGGUCCCAGCAGUAACCCCUGAACAAGGCUCCACCCUGACAGUCUCUAGGCAUUGUGAGCAGCAAAAGCAGCAGCCUUUGUGGCUGGAGUCAGUCAGGGCCUCUGCCCUCCCAGGCCAGGUGGGAAUAGGCCAGGCAAGGCAGGGAGCAGGGUUUGCAGGACUCGCAAUGAGGUGAUGAAUGAGCCAGAGGCUACUUCCAUUGUCAGAUGCCUUGUGCUAUGCCGCAGCUUCAUAAAUCCUUUCUGGGUGGAGAUGUAAGGUAAAGGUAAAGGGACCCCUGACCAUUAGUUCCAGUCGUGGCCGACUCUGGGGUUACUGCUCUCAUCUUGCUUUACUGGCCGAGGGAGCUGGCGUACAGCUUCCGGGUCAUGAGGCCAGCAUGACUAAGCCGCUUCUGGCGAACCAGAGCAGCACACGGAAACACCGUUUACCUUCCUGCUGGAGCAGUACCUAUUUAUCUACUUGCACUUCGACGUGCUUUCGAACUGCUAGGUUGGCAGGAGCAGGGACUGAGGAGGAGGAGCUCACCCCAUCGCAGGGAUUCGAACCGCCGACUUUCUGAUUGGCAAGCCCAAGAGGCUCAGUGGCUUAGACCACAGCGCCACCCACCUCCCAUGGGUGCAGAUGUAUCCCUGAUUAAAUAGCUCCCCCUACAGUGAAGGUGGGAGCAUCCUUGCAGUGUUGAGGAUCCGUGUGAGAACCUUGAAAGACAUCUGUGAUUUAUUUGUAAGAAGAUCCAAAUGGGCUUACAUUUGAAAUCCUAAAUUGAACAACAAAGACAGUAACAUAUCAGAGUAAGACCACCCAAUGAAGCCAUUAAAAUGAGAGUUGGCACAAAGCAACACAAUGGGUGUGUGUGUGUUUAGAAUCAUUCAGUAUAGACGAAACUGCCACAAUAAAAGGAGCUUAGGAACAACUAUGUGUGCGGCUCAUGGGAACCCCUCUGGGGAGAGACUUGUGGAGUCCAGGUUUUGCAACGCUGAAAGGGUCCAGUCCUGUGUCUCCAAUCAACUACGGUACCUGCAAAGGUGGUGGGGAACUGAGCAGGGCAUCUGACGUUGACGGCAGGUGGGCUGGCAGGUUCAGGUGGGAGGUGGCAGCCCUUCAACUACUCUCCUUCCAAAACAUUUAAGGAAUCGAUUAGAACUUCCAAUACCUUGUUCUCAGCAUUGUAGUCCCUGAUUUUUUCUGAUCUCAUGGGAAUCCACGCACAUUUACAAAUCCUACAGCGACGUCUAGGCUGGCUUGGUCAUAUCUACAGAAUGGAAGAUGACAGGAGGUGCUCUGUCUUCCAGCAACCGAGCCCAUCAGCAGACCAACUGGGCAUUACAAAGAUGUCUGCCAACAUGACAUGAAGGCUGGCAACAUUGACCUCGCCAUGUGGGAAUCUUGCAGUGCCUGGAAGCAGUCAGUCAGGUUGUGCAUCCAUAGCAGUGACCGGAGGAGGAAUGACCGCUGGGAGAGAGCGCAGAAUGAAGAAAUGCUAUUAUACAUAGGCAGCAGCGCAAGCGGACGCCUUCGUUUGCCCCAGCUGCUAGAAAACAUGUCUCCCCUGCAUCAGUCUCUACAGCCACAGCAGGCGCUGUAACUCCAGCAGCUUGACUUCAUCCCUGAAGGUGCACUCUUCCUUUGUCUCCUAAGGCAAAUGGAUGCCAACCAGAAGCCAAGCACCCCAAGGUUGCUUGCCCCUUGCUCUGUUCUCUCCUGCCAGAGGUUUUCAAGCACUUUGGGUGGGUGGGGGAACAAAUGGAAGGUAUCUUUCUCAGGUGUGCUUGUAGAAAAGCCAGAUACCUGUGCUUGUAGAAAAGCCUCUGCCCAGCAGAUACCUGUAUGUGUUUCAGGCUUUUCAUGUUCUUAAUUAAACCUGCUCCCUUGUAUAGUUUUAGUUUUAACAACUGGCUUCUGCUUCAAAAUGUGAUGAGAGUGGUAUUCAGUGAUGUGACAGAGGCUGUGAAAACCGGCUUUAACGCCCUACUCCCAACUCCCACCUUGCUUUAUUGUUGUUGUUUAGUCGUUUAGUCGUGUCCGACUCUUCGUGACCCCCCUGGACCAGAGCACGCCAGGCACUUCUGUCUUCCACUGCCGCCCGCAGUUUGGUCAAACUCAUGUUUGUAGCUUCGAGAACACUGUUCCACCAUCUCGUCCUCUGUCGUCCCCUUCUCCUUGUGCCCUCCAUCUUUCCCAACAUCAGGGUCUUUUCCAGGGAGUCUUCUCUUCUCAUGAGGUGGCCAAAGUAUUGAAGCGUUAGCUUCACGAUCUGUCCUUCCAGUGAGCACUCAGGGCUGAUUUCCUUCAGAAUGGAUCGGUUUGAUCUUCUUGCAGUCCAUGGGACUCUCAAGAGUCUCCUCCAGCACCAGAAUUCAAAAGCAUCCUUUCUUUGGCGAUCUUCUUUAUGGUCCAGCUCUCACUUCCAUACAUCACUACUGGGAAAACCAUAGCUUUUACUAUAUGGACCUUGCUACCCCUCCAUUAUUCCUGUGCUUAGGAAACGUGAAAAAUGUAACAAAAGAACAGCCAAGGCCAUUUGGGGUUUUCCACUGCAGGCAUAUCCCCGCCUCAUUUUAGAACCAAGCACCUUCCUGUUCUUUGCAUUCGGGACCUCUUAAUCCCCGUAAGAAGCGCUUGUGGUAUUGUGUUGGGCCAAAGAACAACUACAAGAGCAGGAAGUGACUUGCAGGCUCAAGGGCUGGCAUCUCUUGGGUGGCAACAUACACAAAACAUUAUGCCUCUGAAUACAAGGUGCAGGGAGCCCCAGGUGGGCAGAACACAGCUGUGGUCAGCUGCUAUGGGAACAGGAUGCUGGCCUAAACGGGUCUCCUUUGGCCUCAUCCAGCAGUCUCGUCUGAAGUUAUUUAAAUGCAUUCAGCUGCCUUGAAGCAGACCAAAGCACCACGAAGUAGGCAGAUAUGUGUGGGACCCCAGGAGACCAGAUCAAGAGAAGCAGAUAGGUAUGUUUUGGAAUGGUGUGGAGUUGGGAAAAUAGAAAUCUGGUUCCAAGUUGUUGGGUCCGGACACUUGAGAAACAAGAACGGCUUUCCGGAACUGUUGCAGAGAGAAUUUGGAGCAAAUGUUUAUGCAACAGAAAGCGGAGUCGGUAAACUGCGAAGGUAGUGGAAUUUCUACCUGUGCUUUGGUUUCCUUUCCACCCCCUCCUCCCCCUCACCCGUUCCCAGGUGUUUACUGCUCCACUUGCUGAUCUUAAUCACCUUCCUGUGCCCUCCAUCCUUCCUCGUAUGACAAGAACAAGAUGCCUCUCCCCACCCCUGAAAAAGGCUAAGAAGCCGCUAUUUUGUUUUAUCAGCAUUUAGCACUUUCAGAUACAGCGGUACCUUGGUUUACAACCACAAUCCGUUCUGGAGGUCCAGUUGUAAACCAAAACAGGUUGUAACCCAAGGCGCGCUUUUGCCAAUGGGGCCUCCAAAAAUAAAAAAAGGGUUGUAAUCCCAAAAAAAGGGUCAUGCACUUUCGGGUUUGACGCUGUAAUCCAAAACAGUUGCAAUCCAAAACGGUUGUAAUCCAAAACGGUUGCAAACCAAGGUACCACUGUAUAAGCAGUUUCCCAAAGCGGUUUACAGUGGUACCUCAGAUUAAGUACUUAAUUCGUUCCGGAGGUCCGUUCUUAACCUGAAACUGUUCUUAACCUAAAGGGAAAAACUUAAAGUUAUAUGACACUAAGAGCAAGGAUUAGGUUUAAAAAAAAAAAGUUGAAGUUAUAUAUUUUAACAUUUUAUUAAAUUAAAGAUUGGGAUUAAAAAAGUGGAAAAGAAACUGCUGAACUAAUAAUGUGGAUUGGAAUACAAAAGAGGGAGGUAUGAGGAAGUCCAGAAAAUAAGUAAUUUAAAAUUGGGAAUGGAAAAGAGAGCUUUUCUAAUUGUUAUGUUUUGUGUUAUUAUUGUUAAGUUUUGUAUCGUUUUUUUGUGUGUGUUGUUUUUCUUUUUUCUUUGUUUAAAACCUU